AGAAAAAGAACAGUUUUCUGUAAAUGGGUUAUUUGUAGUGAGAUGGUCCGAUAGUCGUUUAACAUGGACACCAUCAAAUUAUGAUGACAUACGGUUUCAGCUGAUGAAAGAAUCAACUAUAUGGGUUCCUUCUUUUGUGGUCGACAACUCGGUGAACGAUUUAAGUGUCAUCAGUGAUGAAUCGGUGUUAGUCAGAGCAAACUUCCUAGGGAUUAUCACAUGGUGGCCACCGGGGAUUUAUAAAACUGCAUGUGACGCAAACACUUUCUACUUUCCAUUUGACACACAAAAAUGCCAGAUUUCUUUGACCAGUUAUGGAUACACCACGCAAGAAGUAGAUUUCAACGCAUUUAAUUUUGCCGGAGAAAAGAUCGCGUUCUGUCUAACAAUGAUGUUGUCUUACACUGUCUUGGUCACUUUGCUCUCCGAACAACUUCCAGCUUCAGGAAAAACAUCCAGCCUUUUGACUAUAUAUAUGGCUAUCGUGAUGGUAUUGUGUGCCUUAGCUGUAAUUCUAGCUAUCUGGGUCAUCGACCUGUUUCACAGAAAAGAUAGUGUACCUAUACCAAGAUGGCAACUUAGGUUUACAGAGAGUGUUCUACUGAAAAUUGUCUGCCGCAAAAAGAAGAUGUGUCGACUGAAUGCUGUCGGUGCUGUGAAGAUUAAAGGAAACGGAGAAACAAGCCCUGCAUCCUCCGUCCAAGUUGUAUAUAAUGAUCAUGUUGAUCUGUACACUCCGUUAACCUGGAAAGAUUUAGCCGAAAUUUUAGACUCUGUGCUGUUCCGUGUGUAUUUUAUAACCGUGGUGUUGACCACUGUUGUCUUUUUUACCAGAAUGGUAUUAAAUAUUUAACACUAUAUGGCAAUGAAGACAGGUCAAUUAUUUAAGUUAUCUGAA